AUGAGGCACGAAUCGCAGGAAGUACGAACCGCGUUUGGCGGACGGCGGCUCGCUCGUUCCCUGGCUUCCCUUUUCUUCGCAGUAGUCUUUUUAUGCUGCACUUGUGCAGAUUCUACUAUUGGCGCUGCUCAGGGUCCUUCAAACCUCGCAGAAAAAGGCCAUUACAGCCCCUUAGGGGCUCCCACAGAUUACAGUGCGUACCAGCUGGGCGACGGCACGCUCACUUACCCGACGGGCGAAUACGAUGAAGACUUUGUCACACUUCCCGAGCGUCCACAUGAUCCUGUACAUAGGGCUCCCCGGCAGGAGCAGGUGAAGGUGGAGCGCCACGUAGUCUUUGUGGCCGAGGGACGACCCCAAGUGCCUGUAGUGAAGGGGCGUGGAUUUUUCAUAUUGGGCUUGAUCAUGCUCGCGAUGUGCAUCUCCGCGAUUCACAGCGAUCCUCGUGGCAGGAAUGCAGGCUUUUUGGAGGGGGUUUCGAUGAACGCGCGAAACUUAGUGGCCUUCAGGGAUCUCACCCGCAGUCUGUUUGUGGUUCUAACGGCGAUUACUUCCCCAUUACUCAUUGCUUGGGGAGCCAAGCGCCUCAUCAAGACCCUCCCGGCCUACGUUAAAUGGGCCAAAGACAACGAUGAAUUCGGCCUAGGGUACAUGGCACUGAUGUUUCUCUAUAUCUGGAUGUUCUUCUUCGAUUCAAAGGGACAAGCGUAG